UAAACUCUCCUCUGUGCUCACCAAUAAAGCGCUUUUUGUCCAGGGAGGCAGCACUUGAGCGCAUUCCUUGACGUGGAGGUCGGUGUGUGUCUCCAAGGAUUUGAUGAAGACCGUUCGUUAUAAUUCUAAUACGUUCGCAGAAACUUUUUUUUUCUUCAGAGAGCGCGCACACACGGAAAACUACAAGGUCUUGGAGUUUUAUCGGCGAAGUGCUCCGUCUGGAUAAAGACACAAGCGCAGCUGCGCUCACAACUUUACGUCUUUGAAGUUGAGGGAAAAAAAGACCUGAAGAAAAGUGGCGCGAGAGUAGAGGAGGAAGCGUCUCCACUGGGCUGAGCAUGGAGAGGGAAAAAGUCUGCACCAUGAAGGUCUUUCUCACUCCGCUGAUGCCCUUUCUGCUCUUCCUCAUCCUUCCUGAUGGCACCUUGUCCGGCGCGUGCCCAGACGACUGCACCUGUUCCACUCCAGAAUCCAUCUUAUGUUUUCUGAGACGGUCCUCUACCAUCCCACAGGGAGUGCCCCCAGCUACAAAAAGUCUCUACCUCUUUGCCAACGGCAUUGAGGGCUUGACAGCUGAGGACUUUGAUGGUCUGGAGAACCUGGAGAUGCUGGACCUCAGUCAGAACAAACUGACUGAACUUGCUGAUAGGGUGUUUGAACCUUUGACCUCUUUGAGAAAUCUGGACUUGUCAUCUAAUCAGAUUACCCACAUUUCAGAGGAAUGCUUUCAGGGUAUGGCACUGCUUGAGCGCCUUUAUUUGUAUAGUAAUCUUAUUGAGACUAUCCACCCUGCGGCCUUUAAUGGCUUGGAUCACCUGCUGGAGCUCAAACUCCAGGGCAACCAACUGACAUCCCUGCCUGCUCUCUCAAUGCCCCAACUGCUGCUGCUGGACCUUCGCUUUAAUGUCCUACCCACCUUGGGUCCAUCAGACCUCCAGACCCCAAACCUGGAGUCACUCAAAUUGGGUGGUGUGGGGCUCACCACCCUGGAUAAGGAGCUCAUAGGUAGUCUAAAGAAUCUCCACGAACUGGAUAUCUCAGGAAACCAACUCGAGACCUUCCCUGCUGCGCUGCAGGAGACACAUGGGCUGAUUCAUCUCAGCCUGGCUGGGAACCCGAUGGGUCCUCUUAAGGUUCAGGACUUGCAGAACCUUGGAGAGCUGCAAGAGUUGGACAUUAGCAGCCUCAGUUUGCAGGGCCUCCCUGAGGAGUUCUCCCAACUCUUACCCCACCUCAGAAAGCUCACAGUAGCAGAGAACCCUUUCAACUGUCUCUGUAACUUAGCGUGGUUCCCAAGAUGGCUGAGAGCCCAGAGCAUCACCCUGGAAAGGACAGAGGAGACCCGCUGCCAUUUUCCACCUGUAAAUGGUGGAAAGGUGUUGGAAAGACUGGAGUACAGGGAUUUUGGCUGUCCUACUACGACUACAGUCACUACUAGUACUGUUAAAACAACUACUACCCUGCCUGUUCCUGCUACCACCUUCGCAAGUACGACUACAGCUGUCCCAGUCCCCAGGGCCAGUGACAACCCCGCAGAAAAAGAUGAUUACUUUCCCCUGCCCCCUGUCCCUGCAUCGCCCAGUAGCAGCAGCAUGGAUUCAGAUGAGGAGCAGCAUUUCUGUCCCCCUCACACCUGUCUGAAUGGAGGUACUUGUCAUUUGGACCAGCAUGGUCAGGUAGACUGCACCUGUCCACAUGGCACCUCAGGCAUGUACUGUGAAAACCAUCACCCGCCUUCACCACCUGAAGCUGAUAUCCCCAUGAUAACUGUCCCUGUCGACGCACCAGACAUCAGCUCACAUGAAGCAACCGCAACCUCAAUUCUGCUGGACCUCCACCGCUACAUUGAAAUGCGGCCCUUCAUCCGUGGAAUCCGCCUGACCUACCGCAAUCUGUCUGGGCCGGACCGCAGGCCAAUUCAACUCAGCCUGCCAGCAUCCUUCCCAGAGUACAGACUCAGAGGCCUGAAGCCCAACUCCACCUACUCUGUGUGUGCCAGUCCACUAGGUGCCCCCAUUGGCAUAGACAGCGUCUGCACUGAGGCCCACACGGCUCCUGAAACUGUCAGGGGCCAUGAUGCACAGUUUGACGACCAGAGGCUGACCACUAUGCUGGCGCCUGCAAUUGGCAUCUUGCUACUGCUUCUCCUGAUAGCAAUAGCAGUGGGAGUGGUAUGCUAUCUCCGCAGAAAGAGGGCCAAGGGCCACCUGGACCUGGACUGUGAGCCCUCCCAGCUAGAGCUGGAUGGAGUGAAGGCUGGUUUGGACAAUGGGGCACUGCCUCAAAAACAGCCCCAACUUAUGAUCCCUGAACCUGCUGUUCAGAAUGGCAAUCUGGAAUACGAGGUGUUGCUACUACAGGAUCACUGUACGUCGAAUAACAAUAUGACUUCACACAAGCCUUCCUACUUUUGACCCCUGGCUUUGACUACCCAGACCUAAAGGAGGAUUUUAAUUCUUCAGCUCUGUUUUCCCCACUGGAGAAACAGAGAGAGCAGCACAUGCUGUUGUGAAAAUGGAGGACACAGUAUCAGUCAGCCAACCAGCAGAGGAGAAACUGGACAUAUAUUUAACUCGAUGCCCUCCAGUUGUCUAAGUAGACAUUAAACAAGUUCAAAAGUGUUUGUUUGGACUUUAAAACGUGCCUCUUCUCCAUUUACAUGCUGCAUCUUGCUUCAGUAAUACUUCUUCCCUCACACGGCUGGACUGGCAACCUCUCAGCCCCCAUGCUAUGAUGCUGGGAGUGAUGAUGUGUUGUGCUUGGCUGAAACCUAGGGCAAAGGGACAUAGUGACCUCAGGCCCUCCUUUAUCUGUUCAUACAGGAGAGCGCACUGAAAUGAGGUUGCGCUGACCUUUUUCCACCACAACAGCCCAACUAAACACUAUCAGCAAUUGUUUUUGCUGCAUGUUGUAACUCUUCAGUACUACCCCAAAGGGAUCAGUGCUUGCUGUGAAUGACCUUUAAGACACCAAAUGAAGUUGUGCGAAGAAAAUAGCUGAUGCUUGUAUCGCUUUAUUUGGCUCUAAAACACUUGUGAUUAUUUUGUUUUGUACGUAUGUUUUUUUAUACCUGUGUCUUUAUGUUAAUUUUUUUUCAUUGUGCAACAUUGUGACUGUUAACAGCCCUCCACACCCUCCACCCCCACCUCUUGUGACUAACAGACAAAACAGCAGAUUAAAAUCUUUGAAGAUUAAAACUCGUUUGGUACCAGCGAAGUCAAUCAAAGGGCUUUGCCCUCAGAAUGUCAGACAGUCUAAGUAGAUGUGAGUCUGGACAGACUCAAGACUAAAUCCCUCUUCUCGAUUCUGAAGCCCUCAGCCUGUUUUGCCAUCACAAAGGGAGAAGGCAAGCAGGAUUACAAAAUGUACAGAGGGAAGCAGUUGACCGAACCCCUUCUGUUUCAGUGCUGUACUGAGUUUCAGAGCUUGCCUUAAUUACAGUAAGCACUCACAUGACUAUACCACAGCAAAAGAGAACUUCAGAGACAUUAUUUAUUAUUUAUAUCGCCUGCAAGGGAAACUUUGUUUUAUCCUUCAACCACAAUUCACGUACAGCAUACUACUUGGUCUGGCCCACAACAAGCAAAAGCAAAUAGUGGUUGUGUAUUGUGUUUCCUUUGAGUAAAAAUAGCCUGCUCGGUGAAAUGUUGUGCACAAUUUCUCCUUGGCAAACAGGGUCCCAGUUUUGAGCACUUGCACCUAACCAGACUAUGGAAAGGCCAGAUACACAAGAGAAGCAGAGUUCAUGGUGUUUAUAUUGUUGUGCAGAGGACUUGCAAAGUGGGAAAUUUACAGGAAGGUUAUGAUGCAGACACAGAGAGCUGAGAUCCAAUUCUGUAUAAGGGGCAAAGAAGGACUCAAAGUAACCUUUUGUGUGUGUGUGUGUGUGUGUGUGUGUGUGUGUGUGUGUGUGUGUGUGUGUGUGUGUGUGUGUGUGUGUGUG